AUGGGCGCCGAGGCAGAUCCUGGUCAAGGACUACAGCUCCCGAUUCUUGAACUUUCGAAGGAGUGUUUGGUCCCAAAGCAAGGGAGGAGUGAGGAAUGGAGAGCUAUGAGCACCAAGGUGAGAGAGGCAUGUGAGAGUCACGGCUGCUUUCUGCUGUUGGUGCAGGAAGAGAUGUUGCCGAUGCGUUUACGUGAAGACAUGGUGACGGCCAUGAAAGAAUUGUUUGGUCUCCCUGAAGAGACCAAGCUGAGGCACACAAGCCCCAGGGCUUACCAGAGCUACCAAGGCAAGUGCCCCAUCAUUCCCCUGAAUGAAAGCUUCGGAAUCGACAAUGCGUGUCAACCUGAUGCGGCUGUGUCCUUUACCAACCUCAUGUGGCCUCAAGGGAACUCUUCUUUCUGUGAAACAAUGAAAUCCAUGAGCGCAAAGAUGAUGGAGUUGAUCUUCAUCAUCCUCGAAAUGCUGUUAGAUAGCUUCGGCGUGGGAAAGCACUACACCUCGCACGUGGAGAACACCACCGGCGUCAUGCGUUUCAUGAAGUACAAUAUUCCUCCGAGCAACGGCAGCGACUCAUCGUCUGCGGCCGUUGGUUUGUUGCCUCACACAGACAAGAGUACCCUAACAGUUCUAUGCCAGAACGAAGUACAGGGUCUGGAGAUCCUCACCAAAGAAGGCCGAUGGGUUCAAGUUCCGGUCCCUGAAAGAACCGUUGUGGUCCUCGUCGGGGAUGCACUCAAAGCUUGGAGUAACGGGAGGCUUCAUGCAGUAACUCACAGGGUGAUGAUGAGUCAGGGCAUCAAGGAAGAGAGGUACUCUUUUGCGGUGUUUGGGUGGCCGAAGGAUGAGUUCAUCAUCGAAGUGCCGAAUGAGCUUAUCGACCGAGAACAUCCUCUGCUGUACCGGCCCUUCAACUUUUUCGAGUACUUUACCUACUUUACGGCCAAUAUUCGUGAUGAUGCACUGGAAGUCUAUGCCGGAGUGUGAAGCUACUGUUUGAUUAACAUACAUCAGUACUGUAUGCAUGCGU